CCUUUUUCCAAGAAGCCAAGUUAUACGUUUGUCAUGAUGAAUUUUGAUUGGAUGAUUUCUCGCGCGCGCUAAUUCGGGGCGCGUGCAGCGAACGAAGUGAAACGUAAUAGAAGAGCUUGAAACACAAAUCGCGUUGAAGGAUGUAGCCAUUUCAGCUGUAUCUAGGUGAAGAACUAAAUAAAUCUAGCCAUGAUCACGUCGCUACGGCACCUCAGAGAUCAGAAGAGAGCUGGGGAUAUUUUGCUUCGUCUCGCGUCAGAUAGGAGAAAGAAGAUCUCACAGGUUGGAAAAGUAUUCCCAAAAACUAUGGUUCAAGAGCAAAUUAAUGAAAAACUUGAUUUUCACUGCGUUGGUCUGGAGAAAGACAAAAAUGUUUUAUUUCCCAAUGUGGAGGUGGAGAGCGGUUCGAAGAGCCCUGGUACGGUGGGCAGAGCGCUUACACCAUCUCUGGAGACUGGAAACGCCCCAGAGGUCACUCUUCCGGAUGUACCCAGUGUGCUUGGCGGGCGUCGUUUCUCCUCCUCGCCUGGUCCAGAUAACACUGAACCGCUGGAUCUGCUGAUCAAGGGUGAGGCGCAUAAGAAAUCUCCAACUGAAAUCACGGCAGAAAUGGUUGAACCUAUCCCUGAAACCACUGUGGAAGAGGUUAUGAUUUCCAAUCUUGAACCAAUUAUUGACUCUCUGUUUGAAGAUGAUGAGCUUUUCGCACAGGAGUUUAGAGAAGAUGAUCUGAAUCGUGUCUUGUUCAUCAAAAAGAUGGGAAUUUUUGUUGAGAUAAAAACCAAUGACUACAUACCGGGAGUGGUUUGUUCACCAUUGUUCCACUGUCCAAGAUGUGAAGACCAUUGGGCAGAAUGUGGAUCUGUGCCAGCAAACUGUCAAUUACCGCAGCAACCAACUCGCGGGCCUGCGAUACACCUGGCCAGUAAUAGAAAGAGGAGGUUCAAUGACCGGAACACCAAGAGAAGAGUUGGAGACAUAAAAGAAAGAUUCAUAGUAUCAGGAGGUGGGACAGUUCUAAGCCAAAUCAACGGAGAAGACACCGAUACAACCCUUGGUAAGGACAGAAAAUCACGUGACUAUCUGCUGUCCAAUGAGGAAGCGCUUGAAGAGCUGAGUCUUGAUGUUAUUGACUCUGGGACAAAGACAGAAGCGUUCAGAGUCCUCAAAGCAGAUGCACAGACAUUAGACGAGGAUUCUGUGAAAAAAGUCGCAGAUGCACUUGGUUUUAGUCAAGAGCAAUACGACGAUUUUGCACGAGUCAACUUAAACAAAGACAGAAUGAAUAACGAAGUUGAAUCAAACGACAAAACAUCGUUAAAUUCGAGGCUAGAUUUAUCAAUGUUAGAUGACAAUGUGGUAAAAGAUUUGCCUGAGAUCAUCAGAGAGAAGUUGCUGUCGAUACUGCGAUUACAAAGACAUAGAGUUAAACGCAAAAAGAAUAAACAGAUGGCGACGUCAAUGAACGGGUCCGAUUCGGCUCAAAGGAACUACACUCAAAGUGAAAAUAUCUCUGAAAACGUUUAUAUCCAAGGAUCAGAUGACGAGGAUGCAGAAUAUGAUUUGGACUUAGUUGGAAAUGGUAUAAGAGCUCCAAUGAAAAUAAACAAAAAGAGACUAGAAUCCAGUGGAAAGCAAGGAAGAACGCAGGGCACCCGAGAGGGCCUGGGGAACAUGAGUCAGCAAGAAACUCCUGGUAGAAGAUCACUACUGGUUGGAGGACGUCUUCGGGAUAUAUCAGCCAGUGAAAGAAGAUCAUCUCGAGUGUUCAGUGGUUUAACUUCACAUUCAGAUGAGGAGGAAGUCUUAGCAUCGAGAUCACCUAUUGGUGUCCUGGACUACAACGAGUUACAGAAUCCGCGGCACGCUCAGAAAAAGAAUGCUGGCGGAAAGAACAGAACAGAUCAACCGGACACGCCUUUCCAGAGAAUUGGGAAACAUUCCAUGAAUGUGUUUGGAAACAGCUUGUCAUUUUAUGCCUUCGACGAUAUCGAUUCUGAUGAGGAGGCCUGGGGGCAAGGGAAGGGUUUUAGGGUGGGUUCCAGUCAUGCUGCUAGACGAGAUUCACACACAUCGCACAUGUCUGAAAUGUCACGUGGAGUGUCAAGUAGUGGUCACGGGACUGAGUCACGCACCUCUAUGCUGCAAAAAUACGGCAGGACAGUUAGAAGUGCACCUGCUCACAAGGAUGCAUCUUUCUCUAAUUUAGAUGACCAGGCCUCUUGGAGCACUAACGAGGUAAGUGUUUACGACAGCCAAAACGACCAAUCAGGCUCCAGAUCAGACAGACCGCGCCGUUUUAGUAGAAAAAAAGAAAAGGGGGAUGGCGUAGAGAGGCCCGGAAACUGCUACAAUAGCAGAGGGAUUUACGACAUACCCGUUGAGGCUAAUGUGACGACAUAUGGUUCAAAAGCGAAGCUAAGCCAGACACAUCUGUCACUGAUUGAUGCCAGUAGUCCGUCACUAUGUAGCACAAAUUCAGGAACUCAGCAACAGAGGGUCCCGUCAGCUGUCAUAAGGCGACCCUUGCGCUCUGCUUCGGCAAAGGAGCCGAACCAGAGAAAGAAAGAAACAAUCCAAGUGGAAUGCAUGUCGCAGGGACUAGAUCAUUAUUCACCUCAAGACCACCAGAAAACUUCUGCCCAGGCAAAAGAGGAAGGUCGUGAACUUGAAACCUUAGUCAUCCUAGGGUGUGAUUCAAGACCUCUUGUGCAAGCGCAAGAAACGCAGACCAGUCCACAUAAGGCGCCCGCUAAAAAGCCCGGUGAAAAGGUAUUUAAACGGACAUUCAAAGGAAAGUACAAACCAAUCGUUUCAAUUGAGGAUUUAAACGUUAUUCACAGACUUCCGGUGUCAAGUGCGUUCACGUAUUCUUUCUAUGAGCUGCCCAAUCAGCAUCGAGUUCACAAUGAUUCAAUCAGGCACGCCGUUGGCCAAAUUGGUCGACGUAAAAAAAAGGGAACGGCCCAUUUUCGGAGCAGAAGUGCUCUUUGAGACUAAUGCGAUGUUCAAAUAACUUUGAAAUAUUUUUUUAGUUUAGUAGAGGACAUUGUGUCAGAUGUUAACUUACACCUAAUUUCGUCCACACCAAUCACCACGUGGUUUAUUCUGGUAACACCACUUGCUUCGAUGCAGUUUGAAUUGGUUUAAGAAUCAACACAUCGAACUAUUAAGUAACUUAAAUUCAAUUGAUCUCCGAAAGUUUAUUUCCUCUCUAUUUAUGUUACAUAGUAAUAAUAGAGAUAGCUUUCAUUAAUAAACUCUAUAGAUUACCGAU